GGUCCAUAUGAACAGACAGAAAAGUGGUCUCUUAGAUGGGAAGCUCUAAAGCUGAACGAUCUGGCUUUGAGCUUCAUGGAAUAUUCUUUGAGGGCAUCAGGUAAGGGAAUGUCAGGGAUCAGAGCUGGGGACCAGGUUGACCUCAAAGACAGGAUGCUGGCUGAGCUCAACCAGACCAACUGUAGUGCCUGCUGCUGCUCCUCUGAGAACAGAAUAUUAUCUGUCAUCUUCAUGAUAACUUUGAGCUUGGCCAUCUUACUGGGAAACUGUAUCAUUCUGGCUGUCUUCUUGGGCACCAAGCAUUAUCGCACUGCCCAAGGCUACCUGAAGACCUCCUUGGCAGUGGCAGACCUGGCUUUGGGAAUUUUGGUGGUUCCCUUCUCUGUCUACAGAGAGAUUACCCCACUCUUUCUGGAGAGCCCAUCCCAGGAAGGAGCUCACGAUGGCAUGCUCUUUUAUAGUUGGCACCCUUGCUAUCUAGUUGGACCUGUCUUUGCUGGUUGCACCCUGGUGUCGAUUAGUACAAUCUUCUUAUUGGCCAUUGAAAGGAGUGUGGCUAUCUUUAAACCCCUGCACAAGGAAGUGGUGAUCACCAGGAAGAGGACUUUGCUGCUUAUCCUGCUCUCCUGGCUGUCCAGCUUCUUCUUGGCCAUGAUCCCCAUCAUAUUCAGCCAAGGUGGAAUAGUGGUGGAGUAUAAUGACUGCAGCCGUAUGUGCAAUUAUGCCCCUGCUCCUGCCUCUUCUGCUAGGGUCUGGCAAAUACUUUUACUCUUCCCUGCAUUCGACUUCAGCCUUCUAGGGGCCACCUUAAUCAUCAAUGCCCUGUCCCUUACGUCCAUUCACCAGUACACUCGCAGGAGAAAACUCUUGUCUGGGACAGACCAGGAGCCCCUCAAAUUCUCCUUCUCAGACAUCAAGGCUGCCAAAACCAUAGGGGCACUCACUGUAGCCUUCACAGUCUCCUUCACACCCAUUGCAGUGUUUGUAGUGGGCAACGUUUUGGGUUACCAGUGGUGCACCUUCUCCUUCUUUGCCUUUUGGGUCCUGGCCAGCAAUAGUUGCUGCAAUGUAAUCAUCUACAGUGUGUGUGAUCAGCGCUUCCGCGAGGGGGCGCGCCAGCUAUUCAAGUCUGUGCAGUGCUACUGCAAGAGACCUUCACGAUGAUCGCUUGGCUUCUAAAUAGAAUGGUGGAGACCCAAGAGUUUCAUUCUGCAAAAAAAUUUGACCAGGGGACCAUGAGAUGAGUGGACAAGCUUAAGAAGAAAUGUUAUAAUCAGUAAGUGCUGUCAGUCCAUGGACUAGGAAAACAGUUUAUUUUAGGAAAGACAACUCCCAUGGCCAUAAGGAAUGAAUUCAGUGAUUCAGAGACUAGGUAUACAGCUAUGGAGACGAUACAGUAUGCAAUGAUGCAGGCUCCCUGGAUUAGGGAUUAUUUGAACAGUUUUACUAUUCAGUGAUAAAUGAUUUACAUAUUUUGUCCCUGGAUGAGACUAUCUCACUGGAGAGAAGAGGAAUCUGUGAGAUUGAAUGUAAUAAUUCACUAGUCCAAACAAGAGAUUAAAGGAUUGUUUAGAUGCGCCUGCUUUUUCCCCAAAGUGUGUUUGAAUGUAUUAAGCAGAUAAUGCAUUCAGCAUCCUCACAUGAACUGCCUAAAGUGGGUCUAUUUUUGGAUGUGUUAAUCAACG